AAGCUCACUCAAAUGCCCCAGAGAAGGAAGAGGUAGAUCUCUAAGUCUUUUUGGUUGCAGAGAGAGAAGGAGAUCUUUUGGGGCUUAUAAAGAAACCAGGAAAGAGAAAGGGGAAAGACUGAGAGCGAGAAAAGGAAAGAGAAAGUAAAAGAGGAAAAAGGAGCAUCAGAUCCAUCUCAAGCAAAACCAUUUUUUCUCUGCAUCUACAAAAUCCACAUACAACAGAGAGAGGUAGCCUUUUCUCUGGUGUCUGAAUAUGGGUACUGGUUGGCGAAGAGCCUUUUGCACUACCAUCCAUCGAGACUCUCAGGCCACUCAUGGGGAUAAGCAGCGGCAUACCACUCCUAGCCCCAGUCCCAGCCCUAGAAGCGGUACGAAGUUGGGGUUGUUUUCCAGCGGUAGCAACACCUCCACGCCUAGGCUGCAGUCUCAACCUGUUUCCAGUCCCAGCUUGCGCUGCCGAACCACUGUGGCAGCGGCUCAAACACCUUCCAUCGACGAGAGUCCCAAACUCCAAGCCAAAACGACUACGCCCACCGGCACCGCCAAAACCCCGAGAUCGCUACUGGGCUCGAACCCGUCUUCUCCUAGAUCCCCUCUAAAGUUAUCCAUCUUCAGAAACAGUUUCAAGCUUCGGAAUAGCUGUGGAAUCUGCUUGCAAAGCGUGAAGACUGGUCAAGGAACGGCCAUUUACACAGCAGAGUGCUCGCACGCCUUUCACUUCUCCUGCAUAGCAGCUCACGUUAGAAAGCAAGGAAGCCUCGUGUGCCCAGUCUGCAACACCACCUGGAAAGACGAGCCUUUACUCAUGAUCCAUAAGAACCGAAAGCCAGAAGAAGACGAGGUAAUCGCGGACAGAUAUAUCAUCAAGUCCCAAAAUGAAAACGAUAAAAGGAAGAAGGAAUCCUUGAUCAGGGACGUCAAAACCAAGCUCGAACAACAGCAGCAAAUUAAAGCUGCUGAUUUUAGGACCUAUGACGACGAUGAACCUUUGCUGUCUCCUACCUCUGGUGGUCGUUUCAUUCCGAUACCGGAGGCGGACGAGAAUGGGGGAGACGAUGAAGAGGAGAUCGAGGAGUUUCAGGGAUUCUUUGUCAAUCCUAAUCCUUCAUGUUCGGUGAACUCAUGCGAUGAAACUGUGAUAAACAACAGUGGAGAUUCGAGGAGGAAUGUGGAAGUAAGGAUGCUGCAGGAGGCUGCGGUUGUUUCAGUGGGCCGGAGUCACGAGACAUACGCCGUGGCUCUUAGGAUCAAGGCUCCACCACCACCUCAUCACUAUGCCAGAACGGCACCGUUUCUAGACCCGGCGCGGCGCGCCCCCAUUGAUUUAGUCACUGUUCUCGAUGUGAGCGCGAGCAUGACCGGCUCCAAGCUCCAAAUGCUUAAAAGGGCCAUGCGCUUGGUUAUCUCCUCUCUCGGCCCCUCUGAUCGUCUUGCCAUUGUUGCCUUCUCAGCUAGUCCUAGGCGAUUGUUACCCUUGAGAAGAAUGACGGCUCAUGGCCAGCGAUCAGCUCGCCGCAUCAUCGAUCGGCUUGUAUGUAGCCAAGGAUCUAGCGUGGGGGAGGCGCUGAGGAAAGCCACUAAAGUGCUCGAGGAUAGACGGGAGAGAAACCCCGUUGCCAGCAUCAUGCUACUAUCGGACGGUCAAGACGAUCGGGUUCACUCCAAAGCCCCAAAUCAACGCCAUGUGCCUGCCCACGUCUCCAGCACCCGCUUCUCUCACAUAGAGAUUCCCGUUCAUUCGUUUGGAUUCGGGGAAAGCGGCGGCUACAGCCAGGAGCCAGCUGAGGACGCCUUCGCUAAGUGCGUGGGCGGGUUACUGAGCGUGGUGGUUCAAGAUCUACGCAUUCAGCUGAGCUUCGUUGGCGGCUCUACCCGGGCGGAGAUAACGGGUGUUUAUCUGUGCAACGGACGGCCUACGGCUCUGAGCGCCGGUUCAAUUCGACUGGGGGAUCUGUACGCGGAGGAGGAGAGGGAAUUGCUGGUGGAGCUGAGAGCACCAGCAUCGGCGGUGGGUACGCAUCACGUGAUGUCAGUACGCUGCUGUUACAAAGACUCAGCCACUCAAGAGAUGGUGUACGGUAAUGAACAGGCACUCCUUGUACCUCAACCCCACACCAUCAGAUCUGGGCCCAAGAUCGAAAGACUAAGAAAUCUAUUCAUAACGACGCGAGCCAUAGCUGAGACUAGGAGAUUGGUGGAGCAUGGUGAUAUGUCGAGCGGGCAUCACUUGCUGUCAUCGGCUCGAGCUCUGUUGAUGCAGUCCAACUCCAUAUCAGCCGAAGAGUACAUUCGGGGUUUGGAGACGGAGAUGGCGGAGCUACAUUGGAGGCGACAGCACCAACUGGACCAACAACACAGGAGAAGAAGCAGCGAGACUAGGGAAGUGACGUUGGUGGAUGAGAAUGGGGAGCCGCUUACGCCGACAUCGGCGUGGAGAGCGGCUGAGAAGCUGGCUAAAGUAGCCAUGAUGAGGAAGUCGAUGAAUAAAGUGAGCGACUUGCACGGCUUCGAAAACGCUAGAUUCUGAUUUUCUUCUGCUCCCCCUUUUUCCUUUUCCUUUUCUUUUUAUUUUUCCUUUUUAUGGGUUUAUUUUUAAAAAGAAAAAAAGAAAAAAAGGAAAAAAGCAAAAUGCAUAGAGUGAUCCGUGGGGCGGGCGACGAAUGGAGACAAGUGGGUAGGAGACGGGAGUCGGGACGGGCCUUUGUGAGACCCCAUCCCAAACACCUGAAAUGAUAAUUGAGAGAGAUGUAUAUUGUACAUAUGGGAGGGAGUUUUGCUUGGUAAACCACUCUUUUAAUCUCGGCGGGGAGGAGUCUUCAUUUGUAUUUCACAAGGAGAUGGUGACAAACUUGUAAAUUGGUGGAUAAGAAGAAUAAUAUGGUGGCGUUUCCUUUUUUAAAUA